AUGACGGACAGGCAGGAAACAAACAUGAAUGCAAGCAUCAUCCCAGGGGACUAUAUGCUCUGGAAACAGGGGGGCGCAGGCGGCCCCUUCGCGUGGCUCUCCGCCGGCCCCGGAAGCGUGAACGCGAGCAGUACCGGCCACCCCGAGGGGCCCACGGGUCCCGCCGAGCCGCUGCCCUCUCCCCGGGCCUGGGACGUGGUGCUGUGCAUCUCCGGCACCCUCGUGUCCUGCGAGAACGCGCUGGUGGUGGCCCUCAUCGCGGGCACGCCUGCCUUCCGCGCCCCCAUGUUCCUGCUGGUGGGCAGCCUGGCCGUGGCCGACCUCCUGGCGGGCCUGGGCCUGGUCCUGCACUUCGCCGCCGUCUUCUGCAUCGGGUCCGCCGAGAUGAGCCUGGUGCUGGUCGGCUUGCUGGCCACGGCCUUCUCUGCCAGCGUGGGCAGCCUGCUGGCCAUCACCGUCGACCGCUACCUUUCCCUGUACAACGCCCUCACCUACUACUCUGAGACCACGGCCACGCGGACCUACGCCAUGCUGGCGCUGGUGUGGGCGGCGGCCCUGGGGCUGGGGCUGCUGCCUGUGCUGGCCUGGAACUGCCGCGAUGGCCUGACCACAUGCGGCGUCGUCUACCCCCUCUCCAAGAACCACCUGGUGGUCCUGGCCGUGGCCUUCUUCAUGGUGUUCGGCAUCAUGCUGCAGCUGUACGCCCAGAUCUGCCGCAUUGUGUGCCGCCAUGCCCAGCAAAUCGCCCUGCAGCGGCACCUGCUGCCAGCCUCCCACUACGUGGCUACGCGCAAGGGUGUGGCCACGCUGGCUGUGGUGCUGGGCGCCUUGGCCGCCUGCUGGCUGCCCUUCAGCGUCUACUGCCUGCUAGGGGACGCGGACUCCCCGCCCCUGUACACCUAUCUCACCCUGCUGCCCGCCACCUACAACUCCAUGAUCAACCCCGUCAUCUAUGCCUUCCGCAACCCCGAUGUGCAGAAGGUGCUGUGGGCCGCCUGCUGCUGCUCCUCCAAGGCCCCCUUCCGGUCCCGCUCCCCCAGCGACGUCUAGGCAAGGCCCGAGCACUCAACCCCAGGUGCCCGGGGUUCCUUCCCGCGGUCACUCUACGCCCCAGACCCAGCUGGUUCUGGGGUCCUAGGACGUUGGGUGUCUCGGGGUUCUGUUUGGAUCCCCGUGGCCCGGCCAGCUCCAUGGUUCCAAAAGGUUCAGGUGGACAGGGGUCCUUCAGACACGUCCCCUGGCCAGCUGGCUCCGAUCCGAGUGCUGGCAGUCUUUCCAUUCCAUUUCUGACCUUCUCCUCCCCAGCUUGACCUUGGCCAUGUCACUUUUGAAAUUCCGACCUAAAGAGUCCCUAGAUGGGAGACUUAGCUACGGACGUGUGCACUUACAGAGAGUAUCUAUCUACGAUUUAUGUAUUUAUUUAUUUAUUUAUACAUUUAUUUAUGGGUGUUAAGGGGAAGAGGCCUGCACCUUGAACUGUAGGCCAUACCAGGGUACCCCUAGUCCCCACACCCCCAUUUCUGACCUCAGUUCCUGGAGGGGGGGAAGGGAGAAAGAGAAAUCACGUAUUUUGUUAUUAUUUUUGCUUAUUUUUUAUUAAAGAGACCACAGAAACCAGAGCCUCCUCCCCAGGCCUGCCCCUCUGGCCUCCCGGGGACUCACCAGCCUCUGGUUUUUAUUUUUUUAAAGAAGCCAUCACCUGAGCAACCAAGAACUCCUCUGCCUGGGGCCGGCUGUCCUCUGGUGGCCAUUUGGGGGAACUGCAGCCCAGCCAGGCAGCCGGGCAGAUGCAGCGACCCCACCCCUACCUACCCCAGCCAGCCAGCCAGAGCCACAGCCAUGGCCUGGGCCAGACCUCACCUGCGGUGCCCUGGAGGUGUCGGGCGCAAGCCAGCAGCCCACCCCUCUGCCAACCGGGUGUGGCCCCAGUGCACUCCCUGGUCCUGUCCCAGUCCAAUGCAAUAAAAAUGAUUUUGUGAUAAAUGUGUUUUCGUGUGUGUGCGCACGUGUGAGCGUGAGCAGGUGCAGUGGGGGCUGUCAUGAGCACAGCCCACAAUGAGGGGCUCAGGCCAGGCCUGGGGCUUGUUGAGAGGCUGCGGGGAGCUGGGGGCCCCAGAAUGUCAGACCUGAGCACUGCCUGGCAGAGACCACCUCUGGGAACAGGAACCAGGGUGCUGGGUCCUUGAGGGGCUGGAGACACACCCCACACACCGGCCAGCCUGGGGCUUGGGCAGGAAGGCUGUUCCCAGCAUCAGUUUCCCUAAUAACAGCCCCAGUUGGGGUGCCCGUGUGGGCAGGGCGCUGUCCGUACCUGUGCCCCCAGCCUGACUGGUGCCUGGCAGUCUGCUCUGUUUUAGACAAAGCUGGGAGGAGGCCCCGGGCUAGCCCAGAUGGGCCACACAGAAGAGGGUGAGGCCGGAUUCAAGCCAGGAACUUGUGUUCCCAGUCUGUGGUGUCCAGUGGGCACCAGCCUCCGUUCCCUUCCCACGCCAGGGUCAGGACGCCCUCCACCCUGGUUCAUUCUCAGGGCCAGACUCACAUCCGAGAGGUGGUGGGACGAGGCCUGGGUGUUCUGGAGUGAAAGGGCCUCUUUCCUGUUCAUGGGGAGACGACUGCAGGCAUGCUCCCGGGUAUGUGUGUGCGGGUGACCCGAGUCUGGGUGUUUCGGAGGGGAGGAGGACCCCAGCACAUGUCUGUCAGGCAGGCCGGCAGGUUUGUGGUGUACUCUGUCCUCCCAGGCCUGCGGGUGCCUGGCGGGAGAUCGGGCCCAGACUCCCAGCUGCGCCCGGCAGGCACGGGCUGCUCCAUCUGCCAGCCAGGGCUCUCGUCUGCCUGGCAUUGAAGACCCCUCCCCCAGGGGUGGCCAAGAAGCCAAGGGCAGGCAUGCAGAAACCCAGGGUGAGGCUGGGGGUCCCACGGGUCUGCGCCCUGUUCCUGAAAGGUCCCUGAGAAAAGACUUCCCACUCAGCCCCUCCCCAGAGCAGGCCUUGUGCCGUCCCCUCACGCACUGCCAGGCUGAGGGGGACUCCAGUGGGCCUCUGCUCGCUGUUUUCCUGGGCUGCCUGGGGGACAGCUGGGGAACGGCGAGCCGAGCUUCCCAAAAGCGUAACGUGAGACAUGGAUGUUGAGAAAAGUGAAGGCAGAAAGGGAGUAAUUUUAGAGGGAUGUGGCUCGGGGCUGUCCUCCCUAAAAGGUGGCCUCUGCCCAGUCAUGAGGCUAGUAAGGGGUUGAGCUGAGACUGGAGCCAGUCCACCUGACUCCGAGUGAUUUCCUUCAAUGGAACGAGGUCUUCAGGUGAAGCACGCAGGGAGACGGACAGGAAGCCGGGCCCCGGCCGCAGAGAAGGAGGCUCUCCAGGUCUCGCCCAGACCUUGGAGAGAGAGCCCACCGAGGUUCGGGGGGGCAGGUGCAGGCCUCCCAGUGGGGCCCAGGCCGCUUCCCCUCUGGCUCUGCCACCGCCUCUGCAGCGGCUGCCUUGUGUCCACGUGCUGAGUGGGGCCUGGGGCCGAAGCAUCUCGAGCCCACAUUCUGGCUGGGUUCCCUCCUCUGGACCUGCAGACGUGGCUUGGGCUCUCCCUGCGCCCCCAUCCACACGUCACCAGAGGUCGGCCGUGCCCCGCCCCUGAGUAGCCAUUUAUGGGGGCCCCUCCAACCAAGAGUGAGGGAAGGGACACGUCUGUCCCCCCAAACUACAGGCUCCUGUAUACAAGGUCCUGUCUCUUCUGAGACUCUGGAGUUGGGCCCUGAGGCCCCCAGGCCGCCAUGUCCCCCUGACUGGAGCUCCUGUCCCUCAGCCUCUGGCCCCUGCAGUGCUCAGCCCAGGGCUGCUCAGCUCUGCAAGCACAUGUGCACGAGGUGGCUGGGCCUCCCAGUCUCUCUGCCAGCUAGCCACCCCACGCCAGAUCCCGCCCAGUGACAGGGGUGGGGGUUAGCUGGGCAGGGGCUCCCUGACUGGACCUGUGGGGCGGGGGCUGAGAGCCAUCUUCCAGUUGGGGCUGCCCAGGCCAGCCUCUGCCCGUCCCUCUCCCGGGUCCUGCCUCGGGGGCAGCCCUGAGCCAGGCUGCCGCCUGCUUCUGCCGCCAGUGGGGAGACGGGCUACCAACACAGGAUGUGUUCGUGCUCGCAGCUGGUCUGUAGGCCUCUUCCAGAGCCUGGGCACUGCCAGGCUCUCUGUGCUCCUCUGUGCUGAGCUGUGUGUGCACCCUGCAGGGUCUAGGCCCUGGCUGCCUGGAACACGGCACACAUGCAGACACACGUGUGUACAACACACAUGCAUACUGCACACACGCUGUGGACGGAUGUGCACAGACCACAUCAGCUUUAUGUGCACAUCUGCAUGUUGGAGAGCAAACUUAGAUGUCCGUGCCCUUGCACACGGGUGAAUACAGGUCCAGACAUGCUUGCAUGUGCUCCCCACUGCACCCACAUAUAAAGACACAAAACCGCACAUGUGUACAUAUGGUAAUCCUAGUCACGCACACGUUUGCAUACAAGGCCAUGCUCACAGGCUCACCUUUCCAUACUGUGUGUGCUCACACGCACACGCUUCCCACGGCAUGUCAGUGCUCAGCACACGUGUUCACGCUGGCCCUGGGAUUCCAGUGCGGGCUGGCUCAGUCCCCUCCCCCAGCUCCUGACAGGCAGCUCUGCUCUGCCAGCCUCAGCCCCCAGGCCCUGACCUGCCGGCUUUGCCGCAGGCCUCCCUGUCAACGGCCUAGGGCAUAUGGCAGGACAGAGCAGGCAGCACCCACCCUCAGAGCCUCAGGGAAGGCGACCCAAUUCGCAUGUGCACGGUCACGGGAAGCCACCCUGCAUGACACAGGCAUGUGUGAACACGUCUACUUGCUAGUUACCCUCAACCACUGUGCGGAAGCUGGCCAGCCUCCACGUGCCUAUAGCUGCCUGUGCAGAAACAUGGACACGCCUCGCUCCACACACGUGCAUGGCUCGCAAACACGUUACUAGCAUGCCCUAGAUGGCUGUCUGCGGGAAUACAUGCACGCACAUGGUUCUCACAGGAGAGCAAUGUGGUGCCCACAUGUGAGCAUGUGCCACUCACGUGCACACACCUCGGUGAGUAGAGACUUGAGCGG